UCCGGCCCAGGCCUGCGCAGCGGUGCGCUUUUUCCUCAUCCUUGAAGAAGUCUUCCAGCGAGCAGGGGAUCGAAAACGCGUUACAACCACAUCUCUUUCUUCAGAGACCGGGUUAAACAUUCCUGUGUAUGCUCUUAGAUCGAGUUAAAUUAUCUUUUUGUACUGAGGGACUGUGAAUGGAUCAUGGAUUGUGUUCCUGCUGUUCUGGAUGAGUUAGAUGGUAAAAAGGAGGCACCCAUAGAGGACCCUGAGUACAAUGUGUACGCACGCUUCAUGAAGUCGCACCGCUGUUAUGACCUGGUGCCCACCAGCUCGAAGUUGGUUGUGUUUGACACUUCACUCCAGGUGAAGAAAGCUUUCUUUGCUUUAGUGUCUAAUGGCGUGAGAGCUGCUCCUCUCUGGGAUAGCAAGAAGCAAUGUUUUGUCGGAAUGCUGACCAUCACAGACUUCAUCAAUAUACUUCACCGCUAUUACAAAUCACCUCUGGUUCAGAUAUAUGAGUUAGAAGAACACAAGAUCGAGACAUGGAGAGAGGUUUAUCUGCAAGAUUCCUUCAAGCCUCUUGUGAGCAUAUCACCCAACGCCAGUCUGUACGAUGCAGUUUCAUCUCUACUGAAGAAUAAGAUCCAUAGAUUACCUGUGAUUGAUCCUCUGACAGGAAACACGCUUUACAUCUUAACACACAAGAGGAUCCUCAAAUUCCUGAAGCUCUUCAUAUGCGAGAUCCCCAAAACUGCCUUCCUCUCUCAAACAUUGGAGGAGUUGAACAUCGGUACUUUUCACAACAUCGCAGUGGUGAAUUCCAACACACCGCUGUACGCCGCGCUGGGAAUUUUUGUGGAUCAGCGGGUGUCUGCUCUCCCAGUGGUAGAUGAGAAUGGACGAGUGGUUGACAUUUAUUCCAAAUUUGACGUUAUAAAUCUGGCAGCUGAGAAGACGUAUAAUAAUCUGGACAUCACUGUGACUAAAGCUCUACAGCAUCGCUCGCAGUAUUUUGAGGGCGUGCUCACCUGCCAAGCCAGUGAGACGUUAGAAGCCAUUAUCAAUCGACUAGUAGAGGCUGAGGUUCACAGGUUGGUGAUAGUGGAUGAACAGGAAGUUGUGAAAGGCAUCGUUUCUCUCUCAGAUAUCUUGCAGGCUUUGGUGCUCACCAAUGGAGAUGAUGGCACGGCUUGAUUGAAGUGCAGAUCAGUAAAGCAGGGCGUCUCUUUCCUUCUCUGUAUCAGGAAAGUUUAAAGAGAAUGUAUAAUUUACACUUACCCCAAUAACAGGAGUAUAUAAGGCACAACUGUAGUUAUUAAGUAUACAGCCAGUAAAGAAAGACUCAUUUGUGACCCUGGACAACAAAACCGGUCUUAUGUGUACAUUUUUCAAAAUUGAGAUUUAUACAUCACCUAAAUAAGUAAGCUUUCCAUUGAUAUAUGGUUUGCUAGGAUAGGACAAUAUUUAAACGAAGAUACAACUAUUUAAAACUCUGGAAUCUGAGGGUGCAAAAAAAUCAAAAUAUUGAGAAAAUCGCCUUUUAAAUUGUCCAAAUGAAGUCCUUAGCAUAACAUAUUACUCACAAACAUAAAAAAAAUAUAUAUUUAUGGUAGGAAAUUUACAAAAUAUCUUCAUGGAACAUGAUCUUUACUUGAUAUCCUAAUGAUUUUUGGCAUAAAAUAAAAAUUAAUUGGCCCAUACAAUGUUAAAUUGUAUAGUAUAAUUGUAUAUAAAUAGUCCCAUGCUACUUAAGACUGGUUUUGCAGGGUCACAUUUGGAAACAAACACCCUUUACUAUGAAGAAACUCCGUCUCAUGUCAUUGGAAAUUAUAAAAUUCUUGUUCGAUAUAAAAAACAUCACAGAAACCACGAUCUUUUACCUAUUAUAGAAAAUGUAUGUAAAAUAAGAUGAGGUAAGAACUGCCCUCAUAACAACACAAGCAAAGAGCAGAAAACCACAACAAAAAUUGUGUGCCGAAAAAAUUUGACAUGUAAGGUUUGACAGAGUUAUAGAAGAAUUUAGGUGUAAAUUGAAAGUGAGAGACGUGAACAUUCCAGUGUCUAGCUAAUGUUUGCAUCUCAGUGGGCAUUUGAGAAGCAUUUACAAAAGUUACAAAUGUGUUGACUGAUAUUUGUAAGAGGCGAGUCCUCUGCAGCACACCAUGAAAUGACUGAAAAUGACUGUUUCUAAAGUACCACACAAACAUUCCCUCCUUCAGUAUUCAGAAGAAAGAAUCAUUCUUAGCAGAGCCAGUUUUCUGUAGUUCAACACUAAGAGCCAUUUAAAACAUCAUUACAAUGUGAAGCUUGAAUAGCAGAAAUAACAAGAGCGCUUUGAUAAAACAUUUUGAGAUUGGGAAUAGUGUCAUGGUAAUUUUGUAAUAGAACGACAACACCAUAUUAUAAUUUGUUUUGUUUUGUGUGUGUGUAUGUUAUCAUAUAGAAAUGUAGUUCUUUAUUUUUCAUUUUCGUUUCUUGUUUGAGGCCGGUAAGACAUCCGUUAGCAGCCCUCAUGUUUCAGGCCUGAUGGUGUGUCUAUAUUAAAAUAAUGCUACUGAUUUAAAUUCACUUUGGUUGCUUCAUGAUUCACAGCCGGUAAACAUUGCAUUUAUAAAUGUGGGGUGAGAUUUGAAAUGUUUUUUUAUGCAUAUAAAGUAUCAAUAAAGGCACAUUCAGCAUGAUUGUUCAUCAUGGGAACAGAGCUGUGUUAUAAACUUCCUGCCAGUUGUAUGAGGAAAACGUUAUUUUGUUCGUGUAACAACAUCCUUCUAAGAAAUAUUGUUGAUAUUGUUUGACAAAAUGUACAGUGGGGUCCAAACGUUAGAAACCCCUAGUGAACAUUUUUCUAUUUUGCAUUCUUUUCUGAUAUAAAUUUGUUUUCAACACAGAUGUUUUCCAAAUAAAUUGAUACAUUUUUAAGUUUAUAAAUUGAGUAAUCCCUGCAUGUUUAGUGAUUUAUAUAUUCACUUUGUGCUUUAAUUGAAGCAACAAAAUCUGACAUUUUGUACAAGACAAAGGUAAAUAGGUAAAAAUCAAUGAAAUAACCUUCAUCGAAUUUCUGACAUUUACUUUCAGGUUUAGAUGGAAAAUCUCAGUUGUAAUUUAAUUUGGUUUUCAAAUGGAUUAUUGAAGUUGUUCCAUCCCAUUAAAUGACCAACACGAGGACUAUAGAAGCUGUCCAUCGGCAUGUUGUUCUUGCGCGUGGAUCUGAUUUUCUCAUCACCUUUGUAUUGUAGUUCGACUUCCUACCGAAAAAGAGUUUCUUCUAUCACGUUUAUAUAUUUUGCUCUGUAAUUAUUUUUAUGAAUUCAUAAUAUAGAAUGUAAAUAUGCCUAAACUGUUUUCUAUCAUGUCAAAGAUGUUUUAUUCAGAGCACAAGAAAAAUAAAAUGUAUUCUGUUUGUCACAUGUGUUGCUUCAUAGAUGUUUCAUUGGACAAUUCAAUUAAUGGAUUGACAUUUUCUGCAUAUCUUGUGGAUGACAAACAACAUUAAAAUUGCAUGUCAGGGGCAUAAUGGCCAACUGUUCAGGGUGUUAUAUAGACGUUCAAAGAGGUCAAAGCAACACCUUCAACAUGUUCAAAAGUCUUGUAGCCUAGUAUGUUAUAUUAUACCUAUUUGUUUUAUAAAUACAGAUCUACACUGUUUUAAAAUGUGCCAUUGAUACACUGUUUGUCACGUAUUGAAUUUAGCUAUUGCACUUCUGAAUGUUGAGGCCCGUUGGCCGUUGCCUGUCUGUUGACGGCAGCAUUUGGUAAAAGAUUGUUGGAGUCCAUAGACAAAUUGUCAAUUCUGGCAAC